AUGGUUGGCACCUAUGCUGGGGUCGCGCAAAACGAGGAUCACGAGAACCAUGGCGCUUCGCCCGCGCUCUCUCCAUCACCAGCGUUGUCAUCCUCACCGUUUCCAAUGCUCCGUUCAGUUGAUGCGACGUUUACACCAGUGUCAAUGGACAGCGAUUCAUAUCCAAACAAUGGGGUCGAGGACAAGUUGUCCGACCUCCUUCAUGAUGAGGAAAGUCAUGAAGACCAGAAGAGGUCAAUUUCUCAAACACCCACAGCCCAACCCGACGCCGUGGACGCCCUGAACUUGACCCAAUCGGUGACAGCUUCAGCACGAGCCACAGUUGCAACAGAGCCUACCAAAAGUGAAUACGACCUCCUAUCGGCAUCGUUAGGGGCAGUGGAUGCAGCCUCAAUAACGCGCUCCAGCCCCAUUGCCAAUCUGCAGAAUACGAGGUCUAACACCGAGGCAGAACAACAGCAGAACUCCGUCGCACCUACGAAUUCUGCUUUUAAUGGUGCAAAUUGGAAAGCCACAACAGAUCACAAUCAGAUUCUGGGCAGCGCAUCUACGGAGGAAGCUGCACCACUCAGUCACAGUAGCAACACCCAACAACCCACGAUCCUCAAACCCAAACCUAUUCUCCGGACUGCAUCAACCAAGAGUGUCACACUCAUUCAUCCCUCCCCGUCUGUGAGAAGUCGAUCCAGCUCGCACGUGAGCAAUAUCGCCCAACUCGAAGCGACGGCCGAGAAGCUUUCUAUGACAUCGUCCAUCGAGGACGCCAUUCGAGAUUUGCGGGAAGAACAAAAGCGCAGUGAUAGUCGAAGAUCGUCUAUACUAGCUGCUAGCACAGGGUUUCCUCCAGACUUCAAGGACAAAGAGCCUUUUCCCUUUGCAAGACAAGUGUCUGCGACAAGCUCAAUCCGCGAGACGAACAACGCUGCACGUCACGGUGGCUACUCUCCCGCUGGAUAUGUUAUGUCCCCCAAUAACUCACUACUAUCGCAUUCUUCACGUUUACGAUCUGCGUCUCACACUCGAUCCGAUCCCGAAUCUAACGAUCAACUAACACGCAACGGACCCGGGAAGAGCUCUAUGCGAAGUGUGAAGUCAGCAACCAAGCCUUUACUUACGAAUAUCGCCGAAAUGGAGCCAACGGGGCUGACAUUAGCUGCUAUGGAUGAAGCUGACAAAUUGGCUGGGCUUCCCGAGGAGGAUGAGCCGAUGCGAAUGCCACACAUGGAAGACGUUGACUUGACCCCUAAUGCGUAUCAACCUGACUACUCGGCUGCGGAAGAUUAUUGGGGCAACGCAGUUGCCCAGGCAGCGCACAAUCAGCAAGCACAGCAAGCACAGCAGCACCAGCAACAACAACAGAAACAACGUCAUCAGCAUCAGGAACGUGCAAAAUCCCCAACUGGCUCCACUGGUACUUUUGAACAGGCAGAGCUGGCAUUUGCCGACUUUGACGGGCAUCACUGUCCACCAGAUGAGGCUCAUAAUAGUGAUGAUGAUGAUCCCUUUCAGCCAUCUUUGGACAUAGACCUCUCGCUUCAGAUGCCCAUCAAUGAACCGGGUAGGCCGACAAUAUCAGCCCCAAGGAACCCAACUGUUCGACCCAAAUCGUAUCUAGACCCUGAAACUGGGCAACAGAUGAUGUAUUACCCGGCAAGAGUCCCGAUGAUGCUUAACCUACCACAGAAGCUCUCAAAGCGGCCUAAAGCCGCUGUUAGGAAUCAACGCCAGUCCCAAGUGCUCAGCGUCAUGCCUGAAGCAAAUCGUCAAUCUGCGGCGUGGCUUCCCGAAGUAUUGCCAGAGCCUCUUGUCGAUCCCUUGGUUUCUGGCUCUAAUUCUCAACUUCCCACCCCUCAAGCAAGGCCCAAUUCUGUCCUUGGACUACCUUCCAAUCUACUUGCAUUAGAAGACGAGCCCGAGCCACAACCUCAAGAAGUAAUGCCGCAACGUCGCCCGAACCCUCGACCUGUGGACGAGGAAGCCAGGAAGUCCCGCAUGUCUGCCUUCGACCCUGCUGAUAAGCGCAAAUCUCGUAUGUCUUAUGCGGUGGACAAUCUGCCCCCACAACUCCGGGCCAGUGCGUUCUUUGACAUUCCCUCUGAAUCACCACAAAUAGAACUUAAAGAUGGUUCAGCGAUGGCAACUCUCGACAGUAUCCUAGACGCGUCUGCCGCAGCUCCAGUGUCGGCCUUCACUGAUCAUGCAUUCGCUGGAAAACUAGGCAACGAGAUCUAUGGAACAGAGAAGCGCAAAUCUCACAUGAAGAGCGCGAGCACCGCUACUGCAUUGGAUGUUAAGAAACGAUCUUCAAUAUUCCACUUACGUACACCCAGCAAGAUUAGUACCAAGGGCAACACUCAGGAUGAAAGGCGAAAUACUAUCAUUGAGCCACCAAAGCUUCCUAAUCCGAUCGACGGUGAGUCGGAUGACGAAAGAACCAAGUUGUCUGCAUCAGUUGAUGGUGAGAAUACUCACGAGGGAGAAGAGGAGGAAGACGAAGACAACGAAGAGGGAAGUGACGAUGAUCUUGAAGCAUAUGGACCUCCUACCACCCUCUUGGCUGAGCUACAGCUCCGCAAGCGACAACAAAAACUACGCACUAAAGCGCCAACCCACCUUUAUCCUAACGGAAUGCACUCUACACUCUUAGAAAUCGAUAUUGUUGCGGAAAUGGAGCUCAAAAACAGGAAAGGCAAAAAGAUCAACCUUGCCUGGGAGGGACAAAACGAUGCAGUUGAUGAAUCAGAUGAUGAGGAUGUUCCACUUGGACUACUUGCAGCCCGGAAAAAUGGUCAGAUGACCAGGAUGCAAGAAGAGCUUAAUCGACCAUUGGGCUUGAUGGAGCAGCGCAAUCUCGACGACAAUGAGCCGCUAAGCCGGCGUCGUGAUCGUCUGCAGGGUCGGCCUGUACUAGCGCCACGACAAACACUGCUGCAAUUAGGAGAUCGUGGUGCAAUGGGUAUGAGUGGCGGUCUUGGGCCGCCCAGUCCGGGUCUUAGAGUACACACCCCGGAUGAGGACGAGAACGAAGGCGAGACAUUGGCAGCGCGAAUGCGUCGUUUACGUGCCCGCGACGAAGAAGAGAACCCUCUACCCCAAGCUCGUCCUCUUGGCGAUACAUUCAAAGAAGAUCAAGCGUCGCAACCUAGCGAUAAGGGCAAAGAGAAGGCUGCCCUUCCCGAGGAAGAAGAAACACUUGGUCAGCGUAGACGCCGUCUACAAGCAGAACGUGAGGCACGGGAAAAGGAGAUGGGUGCAGCCGGUGUGGUCGGUGCGCUUCAACCUUCUGCUCCGCCAAUGCUAAAAGAACGUCACUCGAUGGCAGAUGUGCUCGGGGCAACCCGACGGACCAUCCUGACCGAUCCCAGAGCAGAGGCCGAGCGGGCCAAACAAGAGGAGGCACACAGGUUCAGGAAGGAUCAAGGUCACAAACUAGCUGGCUUCCGCGCACAGAUGCCGACCAAUCUAAGCACACCCAACACUCAGCGAUCAGGAGGAUAUAUGGCGGGGCAGUACAAUGAUGCAACUGGGGGUGGGAUAGGACACGCCAGGACCCCAAGUCAUCACAGGAUUCAAGCGCCGAGCAUGCAGCCAAUGGACCUGAAUGGUGGGAAGGGUGUGAUGAUGGGCAACGUGUACGGCGCGGCAGGCAUGGGCGGCUAUCAUACUUUGCAACACAGCUACAGUCAGGGCAACCUGGGCUACAAUGGCAUGCCCCUGCAAAUGCAGACGUUGCCAAUGCCAUUACAACAGCCCGGCCAGCAGUACGAUAGGGUUGAUCGAUGGAGGCAGAGCAUUGUACCGUGA